CCACAACCCACGAACGAAGCUUACCUCGACUCUCUCCUCGCCCGCGUCCUUAAUACACCGGCCCCCUCGACUUUUCUCUUCUUGAAGGCUUUUUGGCGCCGAACUUGCUUUUGGUUCUGCUUGGGAGGCAUUCUUCCGUGAGAGCAUUCAGUUAUCGAGCGAAUCGAAUUGGGACAGAAGCGCGAGGGGCAAAAUGGCGCUUUCAACGGGUGCUCGGGCAAAUGGCGGCAGCGCGACGGUUGCCCAGCGCCUCCAAAAAGAGCUUAUGGACAUCAUGACCAAGCCCACGCCCGGCAUAACCGCCUUCCCGGACGACGAAAACAUGACGCGCUGGACCGCCACCAUCGACGGGCCCUCGGACACGCCCUACGCCAACCUCACGUUCAAGCUGUCCAUGGAGUUCCCCGCCAACUACCCCUACGCGCCGCCGGGCGUCCUCUUCAAGACGCCGAUAUACCACCCGAACGUCGACUUCAGCGGCAGGAUCUGCCUCGAUAUCCUGAAGGACAAGUGGAGCGCGAUUUACAAUAUCGGGACCGUGCUGUUGAGCUUGCAGAGCUUGUUGGGGGAGCCGAAUAACUCUAGCCCCCUCAACGGUCAAGCUGCCGAGCUCUGGGACAACGACCCGGCCGAGUACAAGCGCCUCGUGCUUGCCCGCCACAAGGCGCCCGAGGAGCUGGACGCUGGCGGUCUUUGAUCGCUUCUACAUCCUCCACCGCCUUCCUGGCUGGACAUCCAUCUCGCGAACUGUUUCCCGGCGGCGUGGUGCUUUCCCUGUAAGCGCGGUGUUGGUGGAUCUGGCACGCCGAUUUGUGUCCGACUGCCUUGGUCUCUUGUUGAUAUCCCUUUCGAUCCUGAAUCACCGGUUUUGCUUCAGCUCAGCUCAGCUGCGCCGUGCUUUUCUUAGCCGGGCAUCUGAGACUAAGGGACUUUUGGGUCUCUGAUGUUAAAAGGAUGGUUGGCUGGUUAGGUUUGGGCUGAAACUGGAGCUGAACAAACUGAUUCGUGUAUUUCUAUGAUAGCGACUGCUUUUUUGCCUUGUCAUGAGCGACGAGGUUGUCACAUUUUUGCAUGGCGACGGGGCAUGGCAUGGGGCGGAGUCGGGCACGGCACGAAGCCGCGCAUUUGAGGGUGUUCGAGACGAAGCUACGAGUCGAUGGCCGAGGGACGAAUGGGUGCGCUCGC